GGUUGCAGCGGUCGAUUGAGACAGGAAUUCAGGGAGCUCGAAAUGCUCGAUGAUAUAACUAUUCGAAUAUAUGAAAGUACUCUGCCCAUUACUGUGAUCAGAGAAACAAGAUAUUCACUGAUACAUAGUUUCCAGGAAUACAUUGGCACUGAAUACACCCCCGUCAACAUGGAUGCCAGGCUCAUGUGGUCGAUCAUCAAUCCUUUUGAUAUGGUGGACGCUACUGAUCUGGAGUGGGAGAAGACGUUCAUUACACACAAUCCAAGCAAACUAUUCAAGUCGUCAAAACAGGUUAACCUUCUUGGUCCACAGCCCGGUAGGCCUUCUCUACCCAGUACCAUACAUGAGUCUCUUAACGUGCGGAAUGUUACUCCCAUGAAAGCAGCAGAGAAGCGCAAAGUGCCGGUUAGCCCUGCUGGCUGUAAGUGGUCCAAUAACAGUUGCGCUUAUGAUGCUGUUUUGUUUGUGCUAUACAAUCUAUGGAAAUCGGAUGAGGCCAAGUACACCGCAUCAUUCGCUCAUCUUCGCAACAGAUGGAUGGACAUGGCAUCCUCAUCAUUCAAGAAAUACGCAAAAGGGGAGUAUAAUUUGGAGGAAGUAAGAGACUACAUCAGGAGAGCAUUGCAUCGUGAGUAUCCAACUGUCUUUGUGUUCGGCAGGAAUAUGAGCGUUGAAGCUGUAAUGAUGACAUUGCUCAGAACUGAUGUCACUUUCUUGUCCGAUGAUUUCGUUGUAGCUGUGGCCAGGUAA